AGAUCCGGGGUGUUAACAUCAAACUGUGAGACCCGCUUGAUUAACGGUCCAGGUCCUGACUUUCCCUUCUUCCGAUCAAUAUCCAACGUGCAAAUCUACUGCUCGCCAUCAAUAUUCUUUGCCGGCUAUGCAGUGCAGUCAGGGUUCAGUACCUCGUCGUUGGUUUGAAGGGAGAGAGAUGUUGGAAUGGUCGAUUGAAGCAAGUAAGUCCGUCCACCAGCUUAGACAUGAUUAAUGAAAAGUGGUUGAAGGUCUUGCUGAAAAAGAGAAUUAAUUGGUUGCCUUUUUGUGGCUUGAUUCUGGUUUUUGUUCUUCGACAAAAUGGUUAGGAAUCAAAGGCUAAAAUCUGGUCACAACAAACACUAACUUCCCGUUGCCAUUGAAGCACCACCCUCUACUCUUAGAGGAAAAUGGUUAGGGAUCAAAGGCCAAAUUUUGAAGCGAGAGCAUUGAAUUCUUUCCACAAUUGUGAUUUCUCGGCUAUCAGUCAGUUCAGAUUUCUCUUUCUAAUUGUUUUUCUUUGCUGCUUAAUGAUGCUCACGACUUUAAUAUUUUAAUUAUCUGAUUUUAUGACGCUUGGGUGUGUGGAUUUGUUGUUAUAUAUUGAUAUAAGAAUCUUUAUUUUGGUAGAGGUACGCAAAGGUUGAUUUUUGGACAGUAAUGCUUUCAGCAUGCUGGAUUCCAUGGGUGCCAUUUGAUGGUUCCUUGGUGAAGCUUCUAGUUUUAUACUUUAUAGAGAGAUCAAUCCCGUAUUUGGGUUAGUUGAAUCCGUAAGAUUGUGAAAGUGGAAUGGAUGUCUAAAUAUGUGUUUUUGCUGGGCUUUAGUGGGUGCAGAAAUGUUAUUUUUCAAAGAAGUUUUUAGCAGCGACUUGGGUGUAGUAUUGGGGUGUUUUUGAUUGAGGAUUAGUGAAUUUGAAUCAAAGAGCACCUUUGAUUUUUAUUAUUCUGAUUGUGUUCAUAGAAGGUAAAGGUUCUGGUUGGGACAUUUUGAUCUCUCCCUCAUAAUACCAGUACAAUUUGAUGGUCACUCUCAACAGAAUGAGAGGUAACAAGAAAGAGAAAAUCUGUAGGGGAAAAGAGAGGAAGGUAGAACGAAAGACAAGAUACAAAAGAAUGGGAACUGAUCAAAGAAGAGAGAGUGAAGAGAGGGAAAAGAAAGAAUGGCUAAAAAAGGAACAAUUCACCUGCUAUGUUAGCAAAUUUUUUGACAAUAACUUGACAGUGGUUUACAGAUUACUUAAUUGCAUUUUUUUUUGAAUGAAUGACUAAUUGACACAAAACCUUUGCUCGACUGAAUUGAAAUGUACCCUAUUUUUCAAUGACUAGUAUACUUCACUCAAAGUAUAGAGAUAAAUAUGUAAAACAAUAAAUGUUGAAACUCAACUUUUGUUUCUGUAAGUUAUAUGAGUAAAAUAUUUCUCUCGUUUGUUCUAUUCAUGUAAAAUGGUAUGGCAACUUAUUCUGUGGAAAGUAAUUUAGUCAUGGGAGAAUUUUUAAUUUUCAUGGGCACGCUUGGAAUAAACGGUGGUUGGUGUUUGAGGAAUGGAGUUACCAAGUAUGACAAUAGAGUACAGCUCCCAUUGCCAAACAAAGCGCAAUUGCCACCGCAUCCUUGAUUCAUAAAAAGACUGACUUUUGACUCUUUUGUCCCUGGAUAGAGAUGAAAUUCACAUAUAUAGAUAUACUUGAAUAUAUUCUUCUCUGCUACUGUUGUAGUGAUAGAGUGUACUGAACCACCAUAGAUUUGAUAAGAAGAAGGUUUUUCUCGCUUUUUGUGCUGCUGUUUGGCUUUCUUGGUUUUCCAAGGGAAAGAUCAAGAUGUUGGGGGCUAGUAUCAAAGAGCAGCUCACUAACUUUAUCAGGAGUUUGAAUGAACGGGGUCUGUUAGAUCAUCACUUUGAUCUGGCACUAGAGCUGCAGACUGAAGAAAAUCCGCAGUUUGUUUCAGAAUUGAUUUCCAUGUUCUGCAGAGAUGCUGAAGUUUCAAUAGCAGAGUUGACUACACUACUUGAUCAACCUCUUGUGGACUAUACCAAGGCGAUUACUUUUGUUCAUCAGCUCAAAGGAAGUAGUUCGAGUAUUGGUGGUUGUCGGAUGACCCUGGCUUCUGGUGAGCUACGACAAGCUUCUGAUAAAAGAAACAAGGAGAGGUGCAUUGAAGCACUCUACAAGGUCAAGCAGGAAUACCAAAUUUUGAAGGAGAAUCUGAGUAUCAUUGCCCAGAUGCAGAACGCUAUUCAAGCAAAUGAGAGAAGCAAACGACCAUAGUUGCUGUUCCAUGGAUGCUUCUUAGAAGACAGGACAAUUGGCUUAUACAGGCAAUGGAUUUUCAUUGAAUUCCUUAAAAUGUAAUAAGUGCCAAUGAUGAUAUUUGAUCCAUUUGGUGGACAAUUUUGCCACAGGUAUUAAUGCUAGCAUUAAAGUGC